UAAUUAAUAAAUAAUAAAUCACCCCCUUGAUAAACCCUUUAUUAAAAAAAACAUUUUAAUUUAUCUUUCCUUGGAUCAUCGUCUUCCUCCAGGUUCUCAGAUCCUCAAAUCGAGAAGAACAAUUCAGUGAGGUUGUUGUUGGAGAAGGAGGAGUAAGGCUAAGAUGGUGAAGAUGACAUUGAUAGCUCGUGUCACUGACGGGUUGCCUCUAGCUGAGGGACUUGACGAUGGGCGUGACUUGCCAGAUUCCGACAUGUAUAAGCAACAGGUCAAGGCUCUCUUUAAGAAUCUCUCCAGAGGUCAUAACGAAGCUUCGAGAAUGUCUGUUGAGACUGGCCCCUAUAUUUUCCAUUACAUAAUAGAAGGACGUGUUUGCUACUUGACAAUGUGUGACCGCUCUUACCCUAAGAAACUGGCGUUCCAGUACCUGGAAGACCUUAAAAAUGAGUUUGAACGUGUCAAUGGACCUAACAUUGAAACAGCUGCUCGACCUUAUGCCUUUAUUAAGUUUGAUACUUUCAUUCAGAAAACGAAGAAACUGUACCAAGACACUCGUACGCAACGGAAUAUUGCUAAGCUGAAUGACGAACUCUAUGAGGUCCAUCAAAUAAUGACGAGGAAUGUGCAGGAAGUCCUAGGUGUUGGUGAAAAGCUAGACCAGGUGAGCGAAAUGUCGAGCCGGCUAACAUCUGAAUCUCGUAUAUAUGCUGACAAGGCUAAAGAUUUGAACCGUCAGGCUUUGAUCAGGAAGUGGGCACCAGUUGCCAUCGUGCUUGGGGUCGUGUUCCUUCUUUUCUGGGUCAAGAACAAGCUAUGGUAAGAAAGUGGCUAGACUUCUCCGGACAUAUUCCUUCUUUCAAAGCGAAACUAUGACACACAUUUUGUACUUCUGUAGUAUGCAAAUUUUAUGAAACUAUCACUUUUGAAACCUUGAUUUUCAAUUCA